AAAGAUACUCUGGCCACUGGUGAUUUAGAAUUAGGUAGUAAUACUACAAAGUAAAGUAUAAAUAAUUUUUUAGGAUAUAAAUUUAAAGCCAGCCGUUGUUGGAAAAAUGUCUGAAAACGUUAAUAUAGAUUUAGCUGGAGAAAUUAACGCUACAACAGAAAAAAGGGGAUUUCAAAAGUAUGUCAAUGAUUUGGAUUUACUACUCCAACAUGUGCGGAGUGGAGCAGCACCAACAUUGGUGAUGGGAGUUCUAUCUUCUCGACGGCCAUGGACCCAAUUUGUAGCUACUGAUAAUUUCAAAGCACCUGCUUCAAUUCCAAGAUUAUCUCGUAGAUUUUACAGAAACAUUGAACAUUUUCAAGCAAAUUAUUUAAUGAUAUUCCUGGGACUUUUUGCAUAUUGCUUAAUAACAACACCAUUGUUGUUGAUUGCAAUGGCUGCUAGUUUUUUUGGAUAUAAGAAACUCACAUCAGGACCCAAUACUUGGAAACCUAAAAUUGGCAAUUGGGAACUCACAAAAACACAGCAAUAUGUUGCAGCUGUAAGCUGUUCUACCCUUAUUAUGUGGCUAGCAGGAGCUGGUGCAGUUCUCUUUUGGGUUCUAGGUGCAACUGUAACUGUUGUGGCUCUGCAUGCAAGUUUCUUUGAUGCUGAAACUUUAGCUUUAUCCGACGACCCUGAUCAGUUUCCUAUGAUAGAGCAAGUUUGACAAAGUGAGUUACCCCUAUAUAUACCUAAACGAUCUGCCCACCAUUUGGAUACCUGAAGGAAGCACAUCUGUAUUUUUUAAGACUGGAUUUUAGGCAUUUUUUAGUACACUAUGCAACAACCCUCGACUUGAUGACCCGUAUAAGGUUUGUCUCAAAAACUUUGGAUGAAAUUUAAAAAUAUUAUAAUAUUUACUUAUAAGGUAAUUUGAUAAUAUUAGUCAAGAAAACUAUGAGUAGUGCCUCUCUCUAAGCAAAUUUUGUUUAUACUUAGUUUCAUGAAUCCUAUUAUCUAUGUUAAUAAAAUUAUAUUUUUAACUAA